AAUUAACAAAAAAAAGCUUCUACAUAUAACAUGGAAGUUAGAAAUGAAACUAUCUCUUAAAUGUUCAUCUUGUGAACGAGUAUUAGAUCUAGCAAACACCCACAGAAACCAUGGAGCUCAAAUAUAUCACAAUCCUAUACAUAUUUGUAGAAUGGGUGAUAUUAUUACAUGAUUGUUAUUCUCUUUGGGCGCGGCCCAUGUGGCGGUUUAUCAUGGCUACAAGAACCACCACCUGCACCGCGGCUCAACCCCACGACAGGAUCAAGGUUUGCCAUUUAGAAAAGGGUGGCAAGAAGUCGCUACGAGUAGAUCUAAAGAUAGUUAUGGAUAGAUUAGGGAUAUGCUGGGAUCAUAACGAUCAUAGACACGUAAUAACCAGCUCAGAGGACUUGUUAGGUUUGUUUGAUGAGGAUGAGCCAAGCUUGGAUGAAGUGAAGGAAGCAUUUAGUGUGUUUGAUAUAAAAAAAGAUGGUUAUAUAGAUGAGAAGGAGUUGCAAUACGCGCUUUCUGAGAUGGCGUGUCGGCGAAUAUCAGGAAGCGAUUGUAGACGGAUGAUUGAUCGAUAUGAUGUGGAUAAAGACGGCAAGAUUAGUUUCAGAGAGUUUUUGAAGCUCAUGGAAGACUGUUUUUUAUGAUUUUCCAUUAUUAUCUAUUUUCAAUGAAUGUUACUAAACUUUGUAUGUACCACCCAACUGAAACAAUAUGACAUGUUUUUCUAUGAGGGUGACCUUUCAUUUCAUUAAUUGUAAAACAUGUCAAUAUUGUUACCGAACUCUUCCAACUUUAUUUUGUAAGAUUAAAUAUAUUAUGUAUUAAUAUUUAAUCUAUAGCCAUCA